ACGUCAUGUGAAAAUCUCGGCAAGUCUGGAACAUCAGGAGCCGGAAUGAGAUUACCUUUAGGUAGCCAUCAGAUACUUAAGAAGAGUCUAUGGCCACUAGAGACUCCCGUUGUCUGCUCUAAUUUCCAGGUUGCCAACUUUGAUCAUUUUCAUCGCACUCUUAAUAGCAUGCAGCCAACGACAUCUCCCCAAAGUCCUUGCGAGGCGGACAGUCCACCUACAAACGAUGUACUUCGGGAGCCUCGACACAUACACCAAAUGCUAGAACAGAUACUUGUGGCUAUUAUUAUAAGUAUCGCUUUCUUCGAGCUCAAAUAUUCAACUACAUUCUGGAGUAGGCAAGCCUUCACAACAGCGAAUUUCCAGAAUAUGAAGGUGAUCUUUUGGGAUGUUAUGAUUCAUGAACCUGGGCCUGAGAUAAAGGGAGUCAGAAACCGGUUUAGCUCAGACUUCCGACUGCGGGACGACAAUCCACCUACCGUGCUUUGCUUCGGCAACCCGAAAGAAAAAGAAGAAAAAGAAGAAGAAGAAACAAAAAUUCAGCCAAUUCAUAUGCCAUUUAUGAAUUCUUCAAGGCCCAAGAAAUGGGAUGUGUGGCAAAAGGUGUGAGAGAAUCUACUCAGCCACUGGCCGAAUGAUGUGCCUCCUUCAAUUCUCCGUCAUUCGGGUCAUUUCAAGCAUGACUGGGGCUUUGUUAAAGGUGCACAUCUUGUUUACAGUGAGAUUUCAGAUGCAAGGGGGGUGCCAGAGCAAAUUUUCUGGAAGCACCGGACUACAACCGGUUUUACAUCGCAGUACUGGUCGAAUCCCAACUUUAAGCAUGAACAGAUAUCCGGAAGAACCUGGUGAGGGACAUUGUUAGCAUAUAGGUGAUGCAGCCAGAGGCAGUAGGUCACAUGACACACCGCCUACCAGCAGAAUUCCCUACCUUUGCCUAUACGCAAGGGUGCUACUAUACUUAUACUCCUACUUUACCUUAUUAACUAAGUUAACUAUUAAUAACUAUAAUUUAACUACU